AUGCCUCAAUCAGUCAUUCUGGUCACUGGCGGAACAGGCCUUGUUGGCAGCGCCAUCAGGCACAUCAUAGAGACCGAGCCUGCAGGCUCGCGAUUUGGCAAGAAGCCCGGCGAGGAAUGGGUGUUCGUGAGCUCGAGCGAGGGUGACCUAAGGGAUCCGGAGCAGACAAAGAAGUUGUUCGAGAAGUACAAGCCUACGCAUGUCAUCCAUCUUGCGGCGCUGGUUGGAGGGUUGUUCAAGAACAUGAAGUAUAAACUCACCUUCCUUCGCGAUAACAUCCUCAUCAACGACAACGUCCUCCAUACAUCUCACACCACCGGCGUGACGAAGGUCAUAUCCUGCCUCUCGACAUGUGUAUUCCCAGACAAGGUCGCCUACCCCCUCGAUGAGACCAAGAUCCAUCUCGGCCUCCCUCACGAGAGCAACUUCGGCUAUGCUCACGCGAAGCGUAUGGUGGAUGUGCAGAACCACGCGUACAAGGACCAGUUCGGAGACAACUUCACGAGCGCGAUCCCCACGAACGUCUUCGGGCCGGACGAUAAUUUUGACUUGGAAGGCUCGCACGUCAUUCCUGGGCUGAUCCACAAGUGCUACCUCGCGAAGAAAAACGGCACACCGUUCGUCGUGAUGGGUACGGGAAAGCCCCUGCGGCAGUUCAUCUAUUCGUACGACCUCGCGAAGCUGUUCAUAUGGCAGCUCCGGGAGUACGAUGACGUCGAGCCCGUUAUCCUCUCCGUCGGCGAGGAUGAGGAAGUGUCGAUCAAACAGGUCGCGGACGCAAUCGUGAAGGCGAUAGACUUCCAGGGCGAGUACACGUUCGACGCGACCAAGGCAGACGGGCAGUUCCGCAAGCCGGCGUCGAACAAGAGGCUUCUCAGUCUGAUGGGUGGCUUCGAAUUCACGCCAUUUGAAAAGGCAUUGGACGACACCGUCAAGUGGUUCCUCACGAAUUACGAUAACGCAAGGACGGGUCUGAAUGACCGACCGACCGGGCACUGA